AUGAGGUCAGGCUAUGACCUCUUCUUGAACGCGAGAAUCAUUUUUUUUGUUCGAGUUAUUGAUGGAACAGGCCACAGUCUCUCUUCAGAGCCAAGAACGACAGCAACGAAGGGAAGAAAAAGCAGCAGCGAAUUGGUGAGAGUGAAAUUGAUCGAAUGUGGGGAUUACAAGCAGGAAUUCGCGCGAUUGUGGAACCUUUCCUCUGCUCUUAAGGAAGCUAGAGAGAAGAAGGAAGCUCUGGAAGGGAAACUUCAUUCGCUCAAUCAGGUUGAAGCUGAGUCAUUAAGUCGAUUGAAUGUGCUUGAAGAGAUAAGGAAGAGGGUUGGCGCUAGGAAAAAGAUGAUGGAGAGCUUGUCAGACCUCUUGCAGGGUGCAGCAGAUAAAGCUAGUGCGGAUGAUUCAAGCAAGGAGAGACGAUCCUAA